GAUGAUGAUGACGACGAUGGUGAUGGUGACGAUGAUGAUGGCAUAUCCGAAGAAUAUGAGUACAUUUAUGAAACAAACAAAGAUGAUGAUAAUAAUAAUAAUAAUAAUAAUAAUAAUAAUAAUGAUAAUAAUAAUAAAGAUGAUAAUAAUAAUGAUAAUAAUAAUAAUAAUAAUGAUAAUAAUAAUAAUGAUAAUGAUAAUGAUAAUAAUAAUAAUAAUAAUAAUAAUAAUAAUAAUAAGAGUAACGAUAAUAAAAGUAAUAAUAAUAAUAAUAAUAACGAUGAUGAUGAUGAUGGUAGUAACAGUUUGGUAGUGUUUAGCAACCACGUCAGGAUUAAAACGUUGGGAAACUCAAAUACUGCUCCGAAAUCCAAAAACUAUUACUAUUACCAUCCCAUAAUUAGAAAAUCUCACGUCAACAACUUAGUCUGUCAAAUCCACCGGGGCAACAAAUAUAAACUCGUCUGCAAAAAGCCCGCAAAAUUUAAAAUCCCCAAAGUGCCAAGCCCUCCAAAAAAUUUAACGGCAGUGCAAUUAGGGUAUGAAAUAAAAAUUUUAUGGUUAGCCCCCGUCAUGGCGGCCAAUUUAAACCGUCCUAUCACGCACUUCCAAAUUCAAUACCGUCCUCCUAUUGGUCCGUGGCUGCCGUUGGUCGCCAAUGUUUCUAAAAAUAGCUCGCAGUUUAUAAUUAGUAACGUGACGUCAUUCAAUGAAUCCUACUUCAGAUUUCGAAUGUUCAGCUAUGCGCUGUUUGGAGAUGAUGAUGACGAUGAUGUGGAUGAUGAUGACGACGAUGAAGAUGAAUAUGUUGAUAAUGACUACAACAACAACAACAACAACAAUAGUAAUAAUAAUAAUAAUGAUAAUGAUGAUAAUGAUGAUGACGACGAUGAUAAUGAUGAUGACGAGAUUAAUAAUGUUGUGGAGAUCAAUCGGACAAAGUAUUUAGUCAGUGAACAAAGUAACGUCUUCACACUAUCAAUGGAAAAAA